AGUACAGAGGUUGGUUUUAGUGAUACUUAUAAACUUGGCAUAAAGAAAUUAGCUGAUGAGUUAAUUAAAAAAGGAGAAGACUCAAUAUCGCUGGUAAAGCACGGUGCUGCAAGGGUUCGAAACUCUGGAGGAUAGCUCAGUUUCAAGAGGUAUUCUUCUUGGAUGAAAAAAAAGUCAGUCAGUCAGUUAGUCAAGGUCUGAGUUUUCAAUGAUGCAUACCAGUGAUAGUUCAAGUCAUCGCAAUUCUCUUGCACCUGAUGCACUGCAUUCACGCAGGCCAUCUUUAGCAGUGCCAGACAUGGCUGCCCGAUAUAAUAAUAGACGACUUUCCACCUCGUCUCAAUCUAGCACGUUAUAUGGCAGUCGAAGAAAGUCUAUUGCUAUGCCACGAUUUGCGCAUCCGCUCAGCGAAGCCUCACAUCGUACCCCCAAGUACUUCAACAGCUACAAGACAGAACCAGACGAAAAUAAACGAUUCAAGACGAAACCAGUGGCUGACAUCAUUGAAAACAUCCUCAAGGAAAGGCUGAGUGAUUUGUCGUACAGCGCUGAAUGCUGUCGGAAACUUCUCGUACCAAUCACAGAAGAGAUCAAGGGUAAAGUUAAGUUACUCGGGUAUGAUCGAUACAAACUGGUGUGUGUUGUACACAUCGGGUCUAUCAACAACCAGGACGUAAGGAUCGCUAGUAGAUGUUUAUGGGAUGCGUCGUUUGAUCGUGUUGCCUCUUCAUCCUUUUGUAACGAUACUUUAUUCGCCUCUGCUUCGGUUUAUGGUAUCUAUCAAGAAUAAGCUGUAGGUAGACAAUUCUUGAGUCUACCUAAGAAGCAAGACAAAACAUGUUUUGGGAAAUAAAUUCCAUGAAAUGCAAGACAGUGGUAAUAUAGGAAGGAAACUAAAUAAAUGCAAUUUAUGUCCAAAUUGUGAAAACAGUAAGCAAACUCGUCUACAAGUUAAAAUAUAUAAUGAGGUAUAAGCAGAUUGUCACGUGAACUUAGGAUUUUUCAAGCGACCUCUUGGUUUCAUCCACAGGCAACCCAAACAAGGUUUUUAUUUUUUAAGGUGUAGUAGAUUAGAAUUUAUAAGGCAAUAUACUCCUGUAUUCCAGAGAGAAUCUCACUCCAGUGCUUUUUAAUUAUUGGAAAUGCUAAAACCGUGAAGGACUAGAACCGAUAAUCAUCGGAACUGAGAAGCACUGGGGCGAGUUUCUAAAAACACACACACAAGAAAAAUAACUUGUCAUCGCUUAUCACCACCGAAGGUACAGCAGUGGUGCAGCUCAAGGGGGUCGAGCUGAAAGCAUGCGAAAUUUAAGCGGGAUUUUAGUUUCAAAUUUGCUCUAUGGUUACAAGUGAUUUCUAACGGAUCAGUAACAUAAUAUUUCAAUAUGUAGGUACAAAGUAUAACAAAAUAUUUGACUACAAUUUUUUGUAUUGUACGUACCGCUCAUUCCCGUACUUUUAGUCUAAACAUUAGCCUUCGCGGCGCUUCUCGUACACUUCACAAGAAGCCCAAGCUAAGUAACUUGGUUUAGUAUAAAUACACAGGUGAUUAUUGAAAAUCUCGCGCGCUGAUUGGUCGAGAAAUUCAGAUUAUCACACGAUAAUCACCUCCAGCGAUAAUCCAAAAUGGCGGCCAGCCGCUUUGUUGCUCUUACCGAAAAUAAAUGUCUCUUUUAUCUUUUUUUUUAUUUUUAUUUAUUUAUUUAUUUUUUUUGUUGUUGAAAGAAUCCCCUGUGUAUUU